AUAUUCAAAUUGAUUAUAGAGAUUUUCAAAGUUAUUUCCGGAUUGAAAAUCAUGGAUAUUCUUCUAUGCAUUUAUAAGUAAGAUGAUUUCAACUCUUAAUAUUUUUAUUAAUAAAUUUAAAAAAAUAUAUUUAAUGUAAUAUAACAGUUCAAUUAUGUUGGUGUAAGUGUGCGUCUAUUUUUGAAUCCUCUUUCUAAAAUUUAUUGUGUUGUCAUUCAAACAUGAAAAUGAUUGUGUAGGCAUUUCAAACAAGAAACGUGUGCUUUGAUUUUAAGUUUGAGAGGUCUAGGGUUGCUUAUUUCAUUACAAUGGUGGGACAAAGAAAGUCUUAAAAUUUGCUUUGCUCCGUUGGAGCUUCUCGUUUUCCACUUGAAGUAUUUCUUGUUCAAUUAUUGCAAGUUGUUAGCGAUAGCCAUGGCUACUUUGUUAUGUAUGAUUUCUUAGAGAUUUCAUUAGAAGUUAUUUUCAAAUUUUAUAAAAGAAAAAAGAAUACCACGAGACAUGGUAUAGUAGUCAACCCUCUUCUUAUUGGCCAACACCUGUGAACCAUUGGAGCAAGAUCAAAUGGUGAUCGUAAUUUUAAUUAUAUCCAUACAAUAAAAUUCUAAAAAAUAAGGAGUUUGACAUGGUUUGACACUUCAAAGGUAUCAUGACUUUAUGAGAGGACUCAUUUCUACGAGCUACUACUCCAUAAGGAACGUGAGAUUUUGGCCACAAGAAUUGUGUGUUAUGGUCCACAAUUUUAGGUGAAAAUAUCAUGUUCUUGCUUUAGGAUCAACACUGCCACAGGGAAAAGAUAACCUGAAGCCCGAGGCACAAAUGGCCCAACACACACACACACACCAAAGGCCCAACCCAACACCCCCUAAGAUGUCGCAACGUUCUAAAGAAAAGAGAGGGAAAAGUCAACCCAAUCCCAAAAUUCAAAUUGAAAUCCACUUCCGGUACAACUCGGAAUUCCCGCCCAUCCCGCUCACCACUAAUUUCGUGUGUGGCCCACCACUAUAUAAAUUGCUCACUCAUUUUUACCCCCACGCAUUCACGACUCCUCCCAAAACCCUCACACUCUCUCAAAUUCCUCUCUCUGAAUUUCAAUGGUGACGCCGCGGAAGAAGAACCCUAAGGCGUCUCCGAAAUCGAAGAAGACAACCAAUCCAGAGCGAGCUUCACCGGAGGUACCUGCUUCUUCCACGGUCGUUGACGGCAGAGAGAUGAAUCCAUCGGCGAGGAAGAACAAGUCCAAUGCGCCUCCCGCCUCGGCUCCGGAACCUAAGAAGUCGAAGAGAACCAAGCCGAAGGCAGGUCCUUGUUCCAUUGUCGUCGACGGCCCGGAGCCUACGUUCGUCGGCGAACCUCUUACCGACAAGGAGGCUCGGCGGAGAUGGCCCGAAUCGUACCGAAAGGAGAAGCAAGUUGCUGGACCAAUCAGCUCUAAAGGAGAUGAAGAUUCUCUUCAGGCUCGUUCUCACUUUACAAUGGCUGAAGUGGAUGGAAUAAGAUAUGAUCUAUAUGAUGAUGCUCAUGUUCUGGCUGGAGAAGGAGAGCCACCAUACAUUUGCAAGAUAGUUGAGAUGUUUGAGGCAGUUGAUGGGCAGUUAUAUUUUACAGCUCAAUGGUACUACCGAGUACAAGACACUGUCGUCAAAGACUGUGUUGAGAUUGAUAGUAGACGCGUUUUCUUCUCAGAUGUGAAGGACCACAAUCCUUUGGAAUGUCUUCUUGAAAAGAUUACUAUUGUUAGAUUGGCUCUAAAUGUUGAUCCUGAUGUUAAGAACAAACUUAUUCAAGAGUGCAAGUAUUAUUGUGACACCAAAUACUUGUUGCCUCAUUCAACUUUUGUCAAUUUACUACCAGAAAAUAUGCAAUCAGGAAGUCAUAUUCCAUCAACAAUUUCUUGUGGGGUUGUUGGUGAAUCUUGUCAUGUUAUCUCAGAACUUACGAAAAGCACCAUAGUCAGGGAGCAAUGCUUACAAGAACUUAAAUUGCUGGACUUAUAUGCUGGGUGUGGUGGGAUGUCAACUGGCCUAUGUUUGGGUGCCCGAUUAUCCAACGUAAAUCUUGUCACGAGAUGGGCUGUUGAUAUAAAUGAAUAUGCACUCAAAAGUCUAAAGCUUAAUCAUCCAGAAACUGAGGUUAGAAAGGAAUAUGCGGAAAACUUUCUGAUUUUGCUCAAGAAGUGGAAGGGACUAUGCAUUUCUUUUAACUUGGUUGAGGGCGACAAUUCAGAGAUACCGGUCAAUUUCUUUGCAACAAAUGACCCUUCAGAUGAAGAAGAGGAUGACAACCAGAAUAAGGAUAAUGCUGAAGAUUCUGAGGUUUAUGAAGUCGAAAAAAUACUUGAUAUAUGUUAUGGGGAACCAGAAGAGAAAGAUAGGGGGCUGUACUUCAAGGUUCAUUGGAAGGGCUAUGGUUCAGAUGAAGAUACUUGGGAGCCUAUUGAGUCACUGAGGGAUUGCAAGGAUAGUGUACAGGAAUUUGUUUCUUGUGGCUUCAGAUCAAAAAUGUUGCCGUUACCUGGAGAUGUUGAUGUGGUGUGUGGUGGACCACCUUGCCAGGGAAUAAGCGGAUUCAACCGAUUUAGGGACAAGGAAAAUCCUUUGAAUGAUAAGAAAAAUGAACAGGUGGUUGUUUUCAUGGACAUAGUUCAGUACCUUAAGCCUAAGUAUGUCUUGAUGGAAAAUGUGGUCGACCUUUUGAAAUUUGCGGAAGGAUUCCUUGGGCGAUAUGCCAUUGGACGUCUUGUUGAUAUGAACUAUCAGGCAAGGAUUGGUAUGAUGUGUGCAGGAGCAUAUGGUCUUCCUCAAUUCCGUAUGCGGGUUUUUCUAUGGGGGGCCUGUCCUACUGAGCGGUUGCCGCAAUACCCACUUCCUACCCAUGAUGUUGUUGUCAAGGGUCAUACUCCAACUGAAUGGGAGGAGAAUGCAGUUUGUAGUGAAGGGCAUCAAUCUACAUUGAAAGAAAAGCUCUUUUUGGAGGAUGCUCUAUCUGACCUUCCUGCUGUAAAUAAUAAUGAGUGUCGUGAUGAGAUGCCAUAUGGAAGUCCCCCCCAGACUGAGUUCCAGAAGAUGAUUAGACUUAGCAGAAACUAUUUAUUGGGAUCUUCAAAGAGUGAGCCUUAUAAUGUGAUGAUAUAUGAUCACCAGCCUUUGACAGUGAAUGCUGACGAUUAUGCUCGUAUAUGUCGCAUUCCCAAAGAGAAGGGUGCGAAUUUUAGAAACCUAACUGGUGUUCGAGUGCGUCCUGAUAAAACAGUUGAAUGGAAUCCUGAUGUAGACAGGGUUUAUUUGGACUCUGGCGCUCCUUUGGUCCCUGACUAUGCUAUGUCAUUUGUGAAAGGGAAAUCAUCAAAACCGUUCGGACGUUUGUGGUGGGACGAAAUAGUGUCUACCGUUGUCACUCGGGCCGAGCCCCACAAUCAGGCUAUCUUGCAUCCUGAUCAAGACAGAGUGUUGACUAUACGUGAAAAUGCAAGGUUGCAAGGCUUUCCUGAUUAUUACAAACUCUGCGGGCCAGUUAAAGAAAGAUACAUUCAAGUUGGGAAUGCCGUAGCAGUUCCUGUCGCGCGUGCUCUGGGAUAUGCACUAGGGCGUGCUCUCAAUGGUUUAGUUGAUCAUCGUUCUAUGUUUGAGUUGCCUGAUGGGUUCCCCAAUCAUCUGGAAGAUAUUCCUUCUCCAGAAGUUAGAGAAUAGUGAAUGCCAUUUCACAAUGAACCAAUAUAUGAUGACCUUCCAGAGAAUCCAGAUUAUUCACAAUCUUCUUAGAUUACUGAUUGAUCAUUCAUAGUCCAUUAUUCUUGAUCAAACAAAAGAACCUUAUUCAUUAAUAAUUGUUUUUGUACAGAUUGUUAUCA